AGAUUGCGUGAAGAGGGAAAGUUUACGGACCUAAUAUUUACUCAUGAUUGCGAAAAUUUCCCAUUUCAUCGUGUUAUUGUUUGCUCUCAGUCCAAAGUCUUCCGCAAGGCUUGCGAUGGCGGUUUCAAAGAACAAUCCGAAGGUGUAAUCGAUCUGAGCCAUAUAGCAUCUGAGCAAUUGGAAAGAAUGAUCAGAUUUUUCUACAAAAUGGAUUAUGACGGGGAUUUGCCUGAGGGAGAGAUCCAAUCUAACCUCCAGCUGCAUGCGCGAAUGUUCGCUUUGGGGGACCAAUACGACAUCGCUGGAGUAUGUGCAAGCGCUGAAGCGAAAUAUUGGCAGAUGUGUAUCAAAGCCUGGGAUCCCCUUGAUUUUCUGUCUUCCAUCCCCGUUAUCUACGAAUCGACACCCACCUCGGUCCUGGGGCUACGGAAAACUGCUUGCAAUGCAGUGAGAAAAUAUUUGCCAACUAUGCUUGAUAACACUGAUACUGCAGAGUGCUUUGAGGAAACUAUAUCUGAAAACCCUGCUUUCGCGACGGAUUUAUUAAGAAGCUACAUCAAUAAUCCCUUGUUCGGAUACUGCCGAGUAUGUCGUUUAGAUUGUGGCAUGGAUCCGCUUCAGACCCGAUGUCAGAAAUGUAACAAGGGACAAAGCAGUUCACAAACCCAUUGGGAUAUGGCUUGGUAA